UGCGUUGUUUAGCGAAACAACGUUACGGGUAACUGGAUUUACGAGUUUCUACAGACCACGACAGACGUUUGUAUGGAAGAUCUCUUUAUGCGUUAAUCCACUAAUCUAUUUGUCUCCAUUUCUCUGGUCCAACCGACCUAAGCAACGUUUUUCUUAUCCAAAAAAGGAGGAAAUGAGAAUGAUAAAAGAAGAUUACCUUUAACACAGAACGGCAUUUAUUGAUAACGGAUAGCUUCAAUUGUUCUAGAAGAACGGCAAUUUACAUGACACAAAAUGAGUAGCAGUUUCUGUAGGAUCCAUAAGGCACGAAUCGCCGAAUAACUAAUGUCCUGUGUUAAACCUUACAUCUUUUAACCUUUCAUUUUUCAAAUGCCCCCAUUCAAAGAUGCAGAAAAUACUAGCGACGGAAAGUCAUGGAAAUUAGAGAUAUGAGCUUGUGCUAUGAUUAUUCUUGUUAGGCCGCCGCACCACUCACAACCCGUUCAGCAGCCGUGACAAGCCCUGGGAUCCGUACGGUAUAGCCAAGUUUGACUUGUCAGGUCUGUUACUUGGUCAAAAAUACCUACAUCUCAGGUCACCAAUACACUGCUGUCCCCUGCCGGACACGCAUUCUGGACUGCAAAAGCCAGACGGACCUAUCGUGGGACAACCUGGGAAUGUCGAUGGACCAGGUACGUUAAAUACUGGGCAGAGACUACCGUCAGUGGCAAAAUAAUGUGCAAUUUCUCGCUAAUUCAAUCCAAUGAGUGGUAAAUUGAAGGCGUUCCGAAUACGGAAUGAAGAAUUCAAAGUUGUGGUUUAAUGCCGACUUUUACUAUGUUCUAGGCUCAGCUGUUUGAAAGUGGAUAACGCGACUCACUGGAUAAAUCUCUAUCCAGUAGGUAACGCAGUUAGUUUCCCUAAUAUUUAUCCGCUGGGUCGUGAUUUAUCCGUUGGAUAGCGCUUUCUGACGGCUGGACAACCGGGGCGGCCUUCAUUGUAAAGCAUCGAUUUCUUUAAGAAUGACCAGAACAGAAGCAGCAAACAAAGUUUAAACCACACUUAGUGGCCAAACGUCAAUUUAAAUACAUUUGAUUACGCCAAAUGAAAAAUAAUACGAACGUAUUAAGUUGUCUUAAAGUUUUUUUUUACUGAAUCAUAAGUGGUCCCUCUGCAUGAAGUCAAACGAGACCACGUCACGUGAUGUUGAAAAGCCACAUUUUCCUGUCCCAUACAAAGAUGAAGUUACUUUGCGUAAAAUAUGUGCUCACUGAAGGGGAAAUUGGAAAUCGUGCGUAAUAAUCCAUUACCACUGUCUCAGUCAAUGAGUUCCCAGAAUUCUGCUCAUUGCCAAAAAAUGACAAAGCUGAAAAUAAUUUCCUUCAGUGAGAGCCGGAGACUGUGGAGGUUUACAUAAAACGUAUUUGCAACACUUACUAUUUUUAAAAGGCUUGCAAAAAGGAAAAAUUAUACAAUCGUAGCAACAUGAAUUUGUGGUUAAGGAGAAAAUUAUUAGUAACACGCCAAAAAUGCUUUUUCAGAGGAUAAACCCAUGCUAGUUGCUAAUUACUUGGAACACGGGAGUGAACUGAAGGUCAAGGUGGAUCUUGCCUAUCCUUUAAACGCUGAGAAUUCUGUCGAGCCCACGGCCACCAAGCAAGAGGAUGAGGUGAGUUUAGGGUAAUUUAUAUCAUGGAAGUAUUGGCCUUUGCAUUUGUCCUUUCCGGGGUUUACGGUCGUUUCGCCAACUUCCUGUUCGCUAACUUCUGAAGUCGUUUCGCGUACGUUUUGGGUCACUUCCCCAACUGCUUUCGCCUGAUCACUGGCUGAAAGAACGAGGUAUAUACAAGCGUAUCGCACUUUUUUGUAUCGUGGCUUUUUUUGUAUCAUGUGCAAAUAUAUAUACACAGCUCUCGUUUCGCUUCUUGGCGAAACGACGUAAGUGGUUAGCGAACGGGACUUUAGCGAAACGACCGGUCGCCUUUUCCGGUACGUCUUUAUUUAAGUUUCCGACAAUUAGCAAACAAACGUAAGUGAACAGAAAACGGAUCAUUGUUAAUAGAUAGGUUUGGUGGUAUCGUCUGCUUGUUAGCACUUCACUUAUCACGUAUAGAAUACAGUAAGCUCAUAAAUAGACCGACAGCAGCAGCCAAUGGUGCCCUUGAUGCUGAAGUCCGAGUUCAUUGGUAAUACAGUCGAACCUCUCGGUACGGACAUAGUUGCCAAUGUCCCGACAAAAUUCUCAUAUAUUUUCUUUAACAAAAACCUCUAUAAUACGGACUCUCUGUGAUACGGACAACGGGCACUAAAUCUCGGCCCCAGAAAAAAAAUUCGGCAUAUAAACGUAACCUCUUUAUUACGGACACUGCGGUGAUCAGGUGAAUCCUGAAUCCCGAUAAGGUGAAUCUGCACAGGGUGAAUCCCGUCUGGCUGAUGAGCUAUGCAAGGUGACUUCAAAAGCCCAGUCGCUGUAUAUCAAACAGCGAUCUGCAAAAGGUGUACAGAGGAACGUAACCGACUUUUUUAAGGCUUGAAUAACUACAGAUAGCAUAAAGAUCUUUUCUAUUAUAUUUUGUACUCUAUAGUUACUGUUUACUGCGCUUGCAGAAUAGCGAAAGGCGCUUUCAGAAUUGUGCUUUACGUUACAACUUUUUACAUGCAGCAUUGCGCUGUAGCUCGUUUCGUUUUAAAGCAGUGAUUUGUCUACGACUGUACGUACGUAGCUGAUAUGUACAAUGUUGAAUGCUACUGAAGGACAGUGUCUUUGUACUGUGAAUUAAUAAACUUAAAUGCAGUUUAUAGACGACUGUAAGCCUGGUUUUAGCUACUGAACACUUAAAACUGUAAUUGCAGUCAUAAAAGUGACGUCAUCGUAGUAACCUCUUUUAUACGGACACCUCUCUAAUACGGACACCUCGCUCUGUCCAUUUGCUGUCCGUAUUAAAGAGGUUCGACUGCACCGUAAAUCCUCUAUUAACCCUCCCCUCUUCUCUAAUAAGCGCCCCUCUCCCUUUUAGGUGGAAAAAGUUAUAACGCACCCCCCCCCGUCUCUUUUUUAAGGCUUCCUCCCUCCUCUUAGUCUUUAUGAUAUACUAUAUUAAUGCAUCAUGACCCUAAUAGUUCACGUGGACUGAUCUGGUAUGCUGUAUGUAUAAUUCGUGUGCUGGAAGUUCUGAUUUAUUGUGGAUCUUCGGCUGCAUGAUGUCCAACUUGAAGUUCCGUCGCGUUUUCACUUUGCGUUCUAGUUCUGUAUGGAUCAUUAAUACCAUAAUGUUUGCUAAAUUAAAUGAGUGGCCAAAAAUGCCCCCCCGUCUCUUUUGCACUCUCUGUUAAGCUAAUUGCUCUUCGUUUGUUUGAGUUUGAAAACCAACCAUGCGGCUUCAUUCUUCAACGUGCUUAUCUUAUCUAUUCGCAGUGCCCUUUUGGUCGUAUAAUUUACAUGUUUGAAUACAAAAAUGCACCAUUUCUUCGCCAACUGCAGUCAGAAAUUACAGCGGUCAAUGCCGGGGCCCUGGAACUAGACACACUUCCGCAACAUGUGAUCGAGGCUGCUUUGUCAACGUACAAACUUUCAAGGUAAGAACUAGACGGUGUCUUUUAGGGCAAAAUAGAAACAUUUUGAAGGAUUUACUCUGUCACUGCUGAACAAUGCGAAGAAAUUUCUUAGAAGAUUUAUGUCUGAAGAUUUUAAACUCCCAGUUGUUUUGUUGCAUUACCAUAUAUUCAACCCAGACUCUAAAAAAGCCGAAAAGUAGGACUGGGAUGAGCCUUCGCGCGUACGAGGCUCGUACUUUCUGAAACGAGAAAUCUCUCGUCGUUUCGCGGUUUAAAUUUAAGGGAAAAAAAAAAACACUCAUUCGAAAAAUUUGAAGGUUAGGCGGUCUGUGGAUAUCACAGAAUUCUUGCCUUCUCCACAGGCUUGUCCACAGGCUUUCCCAAGGCUUACAAGCAAGAAUUGCGAAUGCCUGGAGACGAGCGAUAAGGGAGAGAGGGGAAUGGUGGGAACGAGCACAGAGCGCGGAGAGUGAUGGGAAGUGAACGCGAGCGACUGGGAACGAAGCAGACAGAGUUCUGCAGUCGUAAUCAAUUAGUCUGGUUACUUUCUGUCCGCAGAGAUCAGCGAAAGAGCAAAACAUUAGACAUUAUAACAGGAUUUCAAGUUCUUGAUGGACAGUACCACGUGUUUGUUUUAGAAGGUCUGGCUAAUGAGGGCAUCAAAAAACUCUGGGAUAAACUACCCAGACCACAGGAAGAAGGUAGGUACAUUGUUAACUCUUUAAGCCUCAAUGUCCGCAUAAAAAUAAUCCAGACUAAUCUCAGUUCAUUCCACAAAGAAUUACAUGUAGAUAAGAGAAUUUGACAAAGGAUCAAAGCGUUUUCCCUCAGGUGAUCAUUUCAUUAAUUGUCAUAACAUUUCCUCUUGAUGAUUUAUGGAUAGUGUUGAGAGAAAAUUGAUGUUGGUCACUCUUGGGACUUCGGUCAAGUGCAAACGGACGCAACAUUGAUGGCCAACAAUUCCCAACAUUGUUGGAUGAAACAUGUUGCGUCCGUUUGCACACCCUGUUGCAUGUUGUUGCGUGUUGUUGAGAGUUGUUGCGCAAAGUUUGAAACCGGUCAAACUUUUUAGCCCCGUGCAAACGGACGCAACUUUGUUGGGAGUCGUUGCGUCCGUUUGCACGUAGCUUUAAACUGUCAAGAAAUAGUACGUGUUUGGUUUGAGGAAUGUCAGUUCGUUUGAAUACCGAAAAGGACUCUUUUUCAUUAAAAUAACUAGAUGUGUUGAUAUUUGUUAUCGUAUUUGGUGUUUAUGCCUAUUAUUAAAAAAAGUACAUAAUUAUUCUAUAUAGGCACAAUGGGUGUCCGCGGGAAAUGCUUAAAGUGCAAAGUAACGAUCGGUUUGGUAUUGUUUGGACCGGGAUCAAUCGGCCAAGAAAAAUUUGUUUUAUUUGCUCUCACCUUCUGGAAGGAAUUGCUAUCUUUCUCUCGUCAAACAGAAUUUGUUGUUGUUGCUGUGUUGUGUUUUGUUGUUGUUUUUUUUGCGUCAGCUAGUGUAUUUUUAUACAUGCAGUUCUUGCAUAGUUUACACAAAACCUUACAAGAAUAGAAGUAUCAGCGUUCCUUUUUCAUGUUAUUAAGCGUUAUACUUUAUUCUUUUGCCUUUGCUUUAGAUAUCACCAAGUUCAAUGUCCUUUACAAUUCUGCUCUGCGGUUUCACGAGCGGUUGUACGCAGCGCUCGACGUGGACUUGUGCCGAGUGAGACUUCACGAGCCACUCGAGGUCAUAGUUCAAAAUCCACUGCUGUACGUCAGGGAUCUGGUACCGAAACCCUGCUUCGAAGCAUUGGCCAAACUCGACCAGGUGAGGUCUGGAAAAACAACGGACUAUUGAGCACUGGGAGUGACACACUUAAUAUUGUCGCUAAAUACUUACUUAAUUCUUCAUGCACUAUUAUAUAGUAACUAACAUUAUAAAAUAACCACCAAUGAAAUACCAGGUGAGCUUUCGCGCGAAAACAUGAUUAUUUUCACAUGUGAAAAUAACAUGUUUUCUUGACACGUGAAAAGGUCACCGUUGCUAUGGCUACAUAAAAAAUAGCGCCUUUUAUCACAAAAGAACCAUUGAAUUGAAAAGGUGUAGUGUUUUGUUGGUGUUUAUAUAAUACAUAGCGCACGAACAAGCGAAAUAUUUUUCAACUCGAGAAAAGAAAUUUCGUAUCUCCGCGCGGCCAUGUAAUAUCCUCAGUAAGGGUUACUUUGAUAAUGUGUCAUUGGCAAUUGGGCAUAGACCUAUUCGGCUAACUCAAUGUUGUACCCAAUUCAAACCCUUUGGGAAUAAAACGUUUUGUUUCAGGAAUUUCCAUAUCAUUUAAAUGUGAAUGCCACAUUAUAAUGCAAAUGCAAUACACAAAGAAUCUUAUCCCCGGGAGAUUUGAAUUGGGUACAACAUUGAGCCGAAUAGGUCUAUUGGGCUUGUGGGCAGAUAGCCUCCCACGUAGACGUCCUUAGGGGUUCGUCACGCGUUCCUACCCCACAGGAACGCGUGACGAACCCCUAAGAACGUCUAUGUGGGAGGCUUGUGGAUCAUGUUUACGUCAAACGGCAAACGCGUUGUCGUACUACGUGACCCGACAAGUUUCCUCUUUACUUGUCGUUUACUGUUCAUCAUUUCUACACCUAAAUUAGUAAUUUCACGCAAUUUUUUGUCCAUAAGAAUUGUUUUGAGCUGUUUUUUUCUUCUCAUCCUUUAUUUUGAGAAAUUCUUAACUUGAAUCUGACGUUUGCCUUUUUCCGUAUACUUGAAGCUUAAACCCUCUAAUGAUUUGCUUUAGUGACCGCCAAACAAUUGCUUUCCUGUCUGCAAUUGCUGGAAAAUUCGUUACAUACUUUAUAGCCAACGUCCACACGAAUCCAAAUAUUUUUUAGAAACUGCAUACUUUUUGACACGAAUUGGCCUUUACUCCACACGAACCCAGUGAAUCCAGUCAUCGAAAACGCAAAAAGAAACGUCUUUUCGUUUUUCCUUUCAUAUUCAAAUUUGGUAAUCCCACUGAGGUUUCAAUGACAAAAGCCUAAAUUUGCACAAGAAAGCAAACCCCUGAAGGAUUCUGGUCGUAGUAGUAAAAUGAUGUCAUCAUGCAAAUGGCGUAUAAGGACCGUUUCCUCAAUUCCUAACUAGACCUUAUCACUGUUCGACCCCAUUCCGAAGGUCCUCUCUCUUAAGGUGACGCUGGGAACAAGUUUAUAGUCAGUGUUGUUGCUUAACAGUCAUGACCGCAUAUUUUUUGCAGAUGUUAAGAGUCACGAAACUCCGAGAGGUGACUCGUAACGACUUAUUUCCUUCAGCUGACAUGAUUGUGUCUAUGAGUCGAGAGUUUGGAGUGCCGCUGACUGCAGAGGAUUUUGGAGGUAGGUGACUUGUAAUCUCCUGUAGUAGUUUUGCAUAUCUACUGGCGUUUGCAGAAGUCGAUGAGGAGCAAAAAGGGCUGCUGCACUUCUCGCGGCUUUUCAGUCACCUUGCAAAAGUAAAAGAAACGAACUGAAAAAGUCAGCACGCUUAAGCUGGGCUUUCUUGGAAGUCAUUUUCUUCUCUCACAGUUUGUCAGAAGUCGCGAUUUAAUUUAUUAUCAUGGUUAAAGACACAUGUAGGCAUAUCUCUUUAUAUAGAUUUGUGGUCAUACCUUCAUAACACCAUGUGUAAUUCUUCUGAGGAGCAUGUGUGUUUAUAAAACCUCCACUUGGAAGAAUUAUGUAAUCAUUCAUAGAAGAUGGGCUACCAAUGGUGACUUCCAGCGCAUAAAACACUUACAAUUAAGUCGCUCUCGUUCCUAGUUCUCGUUAUAUUGUUGGAAACAGAGACCGCAAAGUGUAAUGAGAAGGAUAAAAAUAAGAAGCGUCUAACAACCUCCUCAAAAGCAAUCUUUCCCGCCUUUCAACGCCUAGCCUGCGAACUGCAGACGUAUUUCCGGCCGUCGCUUCUCUCCCUCCGAGGACCGGAAAUACGUCUGCAGUUCGCAGGCCAGUCAGCGACAGGUGCCGCAGCCGGUGGCCGACGCGCGGCGUGUAACAGCAAAGAUGGAGUCCCGGGAACGUGUGGGCACGAAGGAUCUCAUUUAAACUGCUCUUGUUCUAAUUUUCCUUGCUAUACGACCUUGUUACUCAAUUUAUUAUUUUACAUCCUGCUUUCCAGAUUUCAGCUCUCUCUCUGCUUUUCUCCAUCCUUCUAGGACUGCGAAGAGGUCUUUCAUCUUCAGAGUGACAGAGUUGCGCGGUCAUCACUUAAAGUCUCUGAUUUCUACUUAUUUAGAACUACACUCAAAGAACCUGUUAAGGUCUGAAGUGGCUCAUUCUGUACUUUUCCUGUACACUUUUGCAAGUAACCCUCCGUAUAGUUCUUCUGUUUCCCUGUGCUGCAUGAUGCCGAUGUGUGGUGGUGUCUUUUCCUUCUUAAUCUUCCUGAAAUAUUUUUCAGGACAUUUCCAACGGCCUGCGCACCUUGCUAAAAUCUAUUUGUCCUUGCUGUAUCCUUUUCCCACUUCGCUGCUGACACCGUCAAAUUAUUUCACUUACUUGAGUUCUCAGUAUUUUGGCGUGAGCUCUCCUUGUGUUGCUGAGAUUUCUUGGUUGGUUUUGCUGUGAGCUCUCGUUGUGUUGCCGUAUUAACCCAUUCGCUCCUGGAGAUUUUGCCGAAAAACGUGUUUUGAAGCUAGUCGAGUGGUUUUCUGGUCACUGUCGUGCUAUAAAGAGCUAAAACUAACCACAAACCGGUUUACAGGCCGUACACUUGGCGGCCUCCUGAUCCAGAUGCAAAACAUCAGCUUGCGAAGUUCGGGCAUGCGCAGAAAGCAAAAUUUCGAGGCAGUCUUGACUUUUACUUUUCGCUUUUUCUCCUCCCUUCUUUUUUCGCUUUUCUUGCCUCAUUUUUUUUUCUCUUGCUGGGCAUUUAGUAGGCUUCAUUUUGGUGGGAAGAGUAUUUAGGAAAGCUUUUAGGAUCUUAGGAUUAGGUGAAAGGAAAGGUAGGUGGGUAAUGGAACAAGAUUUUCAUGGAGAUUUUCAGGUCAAUGUCACGUGGUUUUUUGCUUCUUUCUCCGGUGUCCUUGACUGAAUUGUGCUUAUUCUGGUAUGGUUUGAAAGAUCUCUUCACUCUACACAAGUUAGCGAAGAAAAUUGUCCUUGACCGUUAAAACUGAUGACGUCACAAAGGGGAGGACCUGGAUCCGCACGGGCGGUUACGGGCGGUUCAGGGGCGAAUGGGUUAAAGUUCAGAGUGUUUUGCUUUGAGUUAUUUUUGUGUUUUCGUGAUUUUUCGGUGUUUUUUCGUGAUUACUAGUUGCGUUUCCGUGAGUUCUCAAUAUUUUGCCGCGAGCUCUCGUUGUGUCGCUGUGAUUUCUUGGUUGGUUUUGCUGUGAGCUCUUAUAGUGUUUCCCUUUGAGUUGACUUUUUGUUUUCGUGAGUUUUCGGUGUUUUUCGUGAUUACUCGUUGCGUUUCCGUGCGUUUCUCGGUAUAUUGCCGUGAGCUCUCGUUCUAUCUCGCUCUGUUCAUGAUUUUCCGUGAAUUGUGGUUGUGCUAUAUACAGUAUAUUUAAAUGUGCUUGUAUAAGCCACCGUACCAUACCAUUUCAAAACUGUUUAAACAGAAUAAUAGAGCUUUGACAAAUAUCGCUCUUUUUUGCCGUCUAGAACUAGAGUCCAGUAAUGGAUCCGAAAUGGAAGAGGCUGGUACAGGCAACGGACUAGAGGACCCUAGACCCAAGACAACUCGGUCGUGGACACCCUUGUCCCUUUACAACACUGAUUAUGUUGCGCUUCUUAAGGAAAGAGAGGGUCAACUGGUUAAACAUGACUUCGUCAAAGAGAAUAUUGUAAGUAAAACAAAUAUUUAAUAUUGCUGAUAAAAAAGAUUUUUAUUGGUACGUUUGUUGAUUUACCAGGCGUAGUUGACGAGCUGGGACUGGGGAGAGAGAAGGCGGAUGGUGGUGUAUCUGAACAAGGAAUAGACCUUAUUCACGAUACGCGCCAUCUUUGCACGCGCUUUAGAAUUGAUGGGAUAAAAGCAAUGUCACGUGGUAUUUCAGGUGGCAAACAAAAGAUAAAAUUUGCCAAUGCGAGAAAUCGCGGUCGACUUUGUUUAUUCUCUUAAAGCGAAACGACGAUUAAAUAGUCAUGCACAAUGUACGGUUUGAGCUUCGACAAAAUUGACGUCGUUAUUGCUUGCUGUAAGGACAUCUACAGUCGCUACUGCAUCCAAACAAGUAAAAAUGAUCACUCUCAACCAUAAUUUGCCAUUAUCGUCUUUGAUGUAAAAAGUUGUCCAUUUUCUGUUGUCAAUAAUAAACAAACUCGACCGCGAUUUCUAGUAUUGGAAAAAUUUAUCACAUGUUUGCCCCCGGAGAAACCACGUGACAUCGCUUUUAUCCCAUCAGUCCUUAAGCGCGUGCCUCCUUCCCCAGAUACCGCGCGUCUUAUUUUCGCUAAGCUUGUUUUCGUGACGUCUUUACUAUCUGAGCGCCUGGUACAUUCUACAAUAUUUGGACUUGCGUUUGAUACUGUUAAGUCUGGUAUUGCGGAUUUAAUGAGCUAUCUUGUCAAAUUCUUUUUACUUUAGAUGAGGACUCGUACAACAGAACCUAAAAGAAGACCGCACACUAUUGCUGUAGACAUGACUGGUCUUCAUCAAUACACUGCGCAUAACUACAGCAUACAGACCCUGAACUCUACUGAACUGGCCAAAGAAAAGCUAAGAGAAGUCCUAGCCAGGGUAUGUAAUUAAAUGAUACCCGUUGUACGCUACCCUUCCAUCACUAUAUGUUGCUUGGUUACCCGUUCUUGGCGCCGGUUGAUUUUUCCCUCAUUUUUCUCCUGUCUUCCGAUCAUUGCCAUCUAUUGCUUGAUUACCUGUGUCGUCAUCCAUAUGUCUGUACUUAAAUAGAUCAUGGGCAACGACCAAUCACAGCGCGCGUAAUAUUCACCACAUUGCAUAACAAACUUAUGCUCGCACUCGAAAAAAACAGUUUGACGAGAGAAAACAAGUUUGACUUGUCCAGAAGUUCGGGCUGUGGCCACUUCGGCUCGCAAGGUGUAAACUUGGCAUCGUCGCUUCAAUAACCUAAUUUUACUUAUUCCUUCGUAGGGGAAAGAUAGACGUUUUACCUACUGCCCUUUAUACAACUCUGCUACAGUUCUCCCCAUUCACCCACAGACUGUAAAGAAACGAGAACUUACAGACUCCAAAGCACUCUGGAGAACUAAUAAAGGAUUUAUAUUCCCUGGAAAAAAGACCUCGAUGGUCUCAAACGUACACCCUAAGAAACCUGACUCAGCUCGGGUGGACGAACUUAAUAAGGUACGAGAAUUGUCCGCUACCUGGACCAUAAUUUACCCAGCAGGCCUAAUCGUAGUAAUAGUGAGUUUAGGUAACAGGACGGCAGAUAGAAGAGGACGGCAAAACGCUUGUGUGUGACAAACGUGACAUGGUUAUUACUUGCGCGUUUUGUUGUGUUCUUUACUUCCCAUUAAGGCUUUCUGGUCUUUUACAGUAAGAUCUGUUAAAAAGAGGGUGAAGUUUGCCGGAAAGUUUUUUAAAAUAAAAUUAUUGUCACGCUUGUCACACAAGGUUUGUCGUCUUCUUCCUCUCCCGUUCUGUUUCGUAAGUUCACUAAUAUAUCUCAAGAGUUCCAAUAAACUCGAAGAUUUUGGGGAGUCCUUGCCUUUUUACACUUUCUUUUGAUGUGGAAUAAGUUAUGAGUGUUAAGAAAUUAAUAUGCUGGCACUGUCUCGCCUUUACAAAAGAAAAAGCUAACUUAAAACUACAGCAACGUUUUGAUGAAUGCAUUAUCAGGUUAAGAAGCCCGCAUUUGGUGAGCGGUGAAGCGCUUAUUUCAAACCUUGAUGUACACUGGCAUUUAUGGCCUGGUGGUGGGAUGAAAGGGAGGGGACCUCAAUGGUAGUCUUUAUACUAGAGCCUAAAUAAGCUAAGAAAUAUUUCAAGAGAAGUAAAUUGUAAAUUCUUCAAGUAAAAGAACAGGGGCACCCAACGUCAAUUUUCGGAAAAUAUCUGUUCGGACGACGAUUUGAGAUCUAGAAUUUUCGGAACAUUUGUUGUAAAAUUUCUUGCUUGCCUGCCUCUCCUAGGAUUUUCGAACUUCUAAAAAAUGGUAUAAUUGCCCAUUUUUAACGGAUUUUUACCCUAAAAAGGUCACCUAAAAUUUUCGGGAGCCUUUUUUCUUGCUGAAAUUUUCGAAAAGGUAAGUUUUGAUCCCUAUAAUUUUCGGAUCACUAGACUUUCAGCUAGGAAAUCCGAACAGAUGAAAAAUUUUUGGGGGAUAAAAAUAUGCCUAUAUCUACCGUUUAAAUACUAAAAUACGUUUAAUAACGCUAUGCUUAAGUUGUUUGAACUAUAUUCUCGUUGAGUGCCCCUGAAAGAAAGCUUCAACACUCAAGCUAUCUAUUUUACAUCAGGUUUACUUAAGCCUAGUUUCCCACACAAAAUAAUUAAGAUUGAUUGACAUGCUUCGCCUUUCUCAAAGCUUAGAAACGCAAGUUCGCUAAGUCGGUUUUAAGGAUGGUUUUCAAGUCACUUGAAACUUUCUUGAAUCGUUUCAACUUUCCGACUUUAAUGGGAUGCAAAGUAAGGUUACUUGUCGGAAUGAGAUUUUAGUUAGGCCUUCACACGUAUUUUUUGGUUAAGUAAAGCUUAGCAACUCUUAAGUCUUACUUAACAGCCUAGUGUAAAGACAACCAAUGAUAGUAUUACAAGUUAAAAUUUAAAUUUAAAUUUCGAGAACGGUUUAACGGAUGAUAGGAUUAACAUGUCUUUUCCUCUCUUUUCUUCUCAGCCAUGGAAAGAAAAUAUUUUGCACGCCAACAUUUUGAAGCCUACAGUAGACAGGUAAGUACACGAGUUAUGUAGUUAAAGCUUCUUUUCACUGCUAGGAGUGCAAUCUUUGCUCCUCUGAUUUGCUGUGAGAAAUUUGUACUCGAUGUUGACCGCCCAGAUUUUUGGACACUUCAGCCCCAGUCACCGACAUACCAACAGCCUUCUUUGGGACUUCACUUUCCGGAACCAUCAUGUAGCACGAUUCCCGAUUGCAAAAUAUUAAGCGUUUUCACUGGCCCCCCCCCUUAAAAAAAGCGUAACUCCCACAAAUCUAGUUACAACAUGGCGACCCUUGACGUCAUGAGAAAAUAUCCCAUCUGGUUAUCUUAUUUCCUAAUUUGAGCUUGCACGUGGUUUGCAUGUAGCUUGCAGUCGUUUUGUAUUUUUCUUGCAUGUGGCAUGCAUGCUUGCGGCGGGACUUGAUGGAGAUGUCAAAGGUUAAACGUCUUUGAAGGCAAAAGUCUGAGACUUUAUUUUCUUCACCCUGCAGGGAAAACUUUCCAUGGGAGUAUCGUGACAGUGAUCUGAAUUUACUCUCUGUUCCACCUCCCUUCUUCGACAAGAACCCAGUGCUCUCUGUUCACGCGGCAGGCGACACAAAAGAGCAGGAACAGAGUGACGCAGCAUUGGCAUUUACGCGUCAGUGGCGGGAAAAAAUUGUGGUAGACGACAUUGUCUUUCGCACGCAUCGUUGUUUACCAGAAACUGAACUCGAGGACCGCGGUCCUAGGGCCUCUAACCAGCUUUCAAAGCUGGAAGGACUUCUUAAAAACUCUCCGAAAAAGUUCUCGCUUUCGCGAGCAGGACUUACGCUAGAGGAAAUUCCCUCACUUGGAGUCGUUGCAAACCCCAACGUUGAUACGCCAGCAAGAAAAACUGGGAGGUUAGAACCGAUAAGGAGGAAAUGCACUGAAGAAGAGAAGCGAGGAUUUUACCCGGGACCUUUUGAAAAGGAGGGCUGGUUACUGGAGAGGAAUAAGGUGCCUAUAGCGGAUCAGGAACAUGAGAAGUUUAAGAGCCUAAAGGGCCAUGAUUUUAGGUAUGUUGGUCGAAGCUGUCAAUAACUAGUGACUAGUAUGCAAAAAGGAGUGGGGGAGGGGGGGGGAAGGACUAAACCAAGCCCCGGUUGUUCAAGGGAUGGAUAGCAAAAUGGAAAGGAUAAAUCGCUAUGCUGUGGAUAAGUAACUCUCGCCUUGCGAACACCCCGCUAUAACAGACACCCCGAUAACACGGACAGCAGAUAAAUCCCAGGGAAGAAUAUGUUAGAGAUGUUUGACCGAGAUAAACCCCCUCUAUUACUGACUCUUGCUAAUGAGGACACUAACUCAAGGUGUUUACAGUGUCCUCUAUAAAGGGAGUUGACUAUAUUUGAUUAUUAUGUGAGUGUUGUGCAUGUAAGCUAUCUGGUAAUCUAAGAGCACUUCCACUAUAAACAAACCUUUCCCUGACUGUCAGCCAAGCCGGGACAAGCGAAGUUGCCGUUAGUAAAAGUUCGACUGUAUUCUAUCCUGUCUUGUCACCGGAACAAAUGAUACUUAACAAAGAACUCAAGCUAAGCUUCACAAUAUUCUUGAGAAUAACUUUGGUUAUCAAUUGUUCUCCAACAGGUUGUACUAUAAAAACAAAGACAUUCUUUGCCGUCGACCUAUUGAACCAUUAACAGAUGAAGAGAGGAACAAUCAUCUUUUUCCCGUGGUGGACAUUUGCAGCUAACACUUGUUUACGCGUGUAUUAAAUAUAUCUUAUUUGUGCUUUCAAUUGUCCUUGUAGCCUCAGAACUGAGCUGAAAAUAAUUGGCGGUAUCACUUCUCUUCGAAAUUGGCAAAAGCUUAAUCUUUAAAGAAUUUAAAAUUUUCUACUUAAAAUGUAAAAAUGAAACAAGCAGCUUACAAAUAGCGCUUCGCCUAAAGUAUUGCUCAAAAGCUUUUAUUGGGUUUUUCCCACCUCGCGAUUUUCCCCGUAGAUUCGAAAGUUCAACCGCCCUGUACAGCAUAAUUAACAGUGCCUCAGGAAAUUCAAUCAUUACAGUAGUCACAUUUUAGAAAAAUACACAAAGUUUUCAUGUUCUAUAACUAAUUUAUUUCGCGGAAUCUGAAGAUGCCUCAACACUAAAGGCGCUAAAAGGACGUCAAAACGUUCAGACUUUUUGUCAUAAAUUUAUUUCAAAUGAUCUCUGUAUAUGUACAAAUGAAAGUUUUAAACAAUUAUUUCCAUGGCAAUUUAAUUACUCUUCACACCACAUGUACAGCUUUUUUCAUUAAUGACAAUCUACCCUCGGUUUGAAAUACGUAUUAUGGAUACGGCAAAUUUGAAGUAUAGUGCCUUGAAUAAAAAUAAUCAGGGCUUACAGCAAGGCUGUCAAUAAAAAUACCUUAAAACUAAAGAUUUACUUGUCUUUUCUUUGUACAAUUGAAGCGUUUUCAGGUGAUCUUUGAAGGUGAUUUCGAUUGCCUGAUAUUGCAUCAAAUUAAAACGUGCACUUGGGAAUCCCCGUAUUAAAUGGUUUCAAGGUUUCACGGUUCAGCGUAUGCUCAUUAAUCAAAAUGCGUUUUUUCUCCCUAAACAAGCUGUAUCGUCUAUGCAAGCAAUAUGAUCAUGUCAUAAUGUUGUCAAAGAACCAAUCUGCACACUUCCCUGGCAGUCACUUGAUCAACUUAUGCGCAAACAGCUGU